GCAGGCAGCGGAACGGAACAUCGCGGUCUCCCCCUUCACCCCCUGUUCUGUUUGCGGACGUAAAAAAACCGGGCGCACACCCGCUGCCGCCAACGAAGUGAAAUCACUUUAUUUCAGGUAUUGAGGGUAGAUACGUCGUCGAAGCCCAGCAGGCCGCCAGGGCGUUAGUAAAGCGGUGUCACUUUUCCCCCCCCACACACACUGAAGUGGUAGCGCUCACCCCGCCGGUGGGGCGCCGUGCGGGCGAGCGGCGAUCAGCGCGAGCCGCGCCGGGGCUGGGGGAGCGUGGCUUCCGCGGUGAUGCAUUAUUCAUGAGGGGGCGGAGUCGCCGCCUCAUUACCGAGGCGCGCAGGGAGGUGGGGCCGUGACGUCAGUAUGACGGAUGUUCCGACGUUCUUAAGGGCCCUGCAGCCGGCUCCGACCCGGCAGUGGGGGCGGGGGAGGCGGGCGGAGCCUUGCUGAGGAGCGGUGUCGCUGCCGUGUGCGGUGCGGGCGGCCUCACGGACUGCCCCGCUGCCCCCUGCGUUACGGGGUAGCGGCUAGGGGGCGGGCGGAGGAGUUACCGGGGAGUGUGACAGGGGGAGUUGUGCGGCUGUUUGUGACGAGCUAACGGGUUGCUGCGGUUGCGACAGCAGCACGAAGGGCCGCACGGAGGGGGUCCCGGCAAGCUAGGGAAGGGAUUUUUUCCCCCCUGAUAAAAAUAGAGCUGUAGAUUAUCAAAAGGCUCCGGCAUUGUUAAAACCAGUGCAGCGGGGACCAUGGCAAGGAAGAGGGCUUUAUUGCAGAGGGUGGCUGUUCCGUGGGUUAUAUAGAGGUUUGCGAUAGGCGGGUGGUGAAAGCCCCGCUCCCCCCGAACACUGGUAAUUAUCUUUGUCUCUUCAGACUCCCGGGGCAGGGGUUCGCCAGGGGAGCCCCCUCCAGUGCAUGGGGGAUCGCAGCCCCGGGCUCCCUCAGACGGCGACCUCCGGCCCCAACCCACCGUCGGGUGUAGGAGGUGCCGGCUCCGCCGGGCCCUUCCCCUCCCCGGCAGCGGCGGCCGCCUCUCGUUCCUCCUCCUCCUGCCCCUUCUCACCCGCUGUAACCGGUUCCUCCGGCAGCGGCGGCGUGUCCGGUGGGUCGCCGCCGCCCUCCCUGCUCCCCUCGGCGGCCGCUGCUGCGCAUCACCAGAACAUGCAGGAUGAGCUGAUCCUGGGGGUGACACAGCAGCAGCCGGGCAGCGAGAGGCUGGGCAGCAGCCCCGCAUCAGGACACCCCCCUCUCGGCCACCCCUCCUCUGACUUUAAACCCAGUCUCAGCCCCCACCAGGAUUUAAACAAGCAGCAACCGCAGCAGCAACAGCCGCCGCCUCCUCAGCUGAGCCAGAAGAGGAAAGAGUUUAAGCAGCAGCCGCUCAGCAGCCCAGCCCAGCUCGGCAGCAGCCACCCCCUGAAUAACCACCACCCCCCAGACUAUCAUCACCACCCCCCUCAGCAGCAGCAGCAGCAGUUCAGCCACCCCACUGACAAGUACCAGCAGCAGGAGCACAGGCAACAGCAGCAGCUCCAGCUCCUCAGCGCUCACCCCCCGGAGCCGCCGCGGACGGGGGACUUCCCGCACCACCGGCCCCUCAGCCCCGCCGAGCGCAAGGGCGGCGCGGACAGAGGGGGUUCCGAGCGGCUCGGCCCUUCCUGCCCGGGGGGAUCGGUGUCCGCGGACCCCAAUGUGGGGGUGGCCGCCGCCUCCUGCGUGAAUCCGCCUCCGUCUCCUACUCAUCUGCAGGCGAGAGCCAAGCUGCCCCCCAUGGAGUCCCCCCCGAACAGCCACUUGCUGGGCAGCCCCGGGAACCUCCUGCCCGGCGGGCUAGGCUCUGGCUUCAGCAGCCUGCAGAGCCCGGAGAUCCCCAGCCCCCAUCACCAGAGCGGGGGCGGCUCCUCCUCGGCGGCUUCCCCUCCUCCUCCGCCGCUGCCCGGCUUCGGCACCCCCUGGUCGGUGCAGACCUCGUCGCCGCCUCCGCAGCAGACGCAGCAGCCUCCGGUCUCCAGCGGCGGCGGCGGGCAGAUCAGCGCGAUGCCGCCCCCGAGCCCGGAAUCCGAGACCAGCUUCUACCCGGGGAUCCCGUCAUCCAUCAACCCCGCUUUCUUCCAGAGCUUCUCGCCGGUGUCUCCUCACAAUCCCUGCGCCGGGCCUUUCAGCAGCCCCUUCUCGGCCGCCGCCCCCCCGCCGCCGCCGCAGAUGAAUUUACCUCAGCAGCAGCAGCAGCAGCAGCAACAACAGCAGAACCGGAGAUCCCCUGUGAGCCCCCAGCUCCAGCACCAACACCAGGCGGCCGCGGCCGCUGCCGCCUUCCUGCAGCAGAGAAACUCCUACAACCACCACCAGCCUCUUCUGAAGCAGUCACCCUGGAGCAAUCAGAGCAGCGGCUGGAGCACAGGAAAUAUAUCCUGGGGAGGAAUGCAUGGCAGAGACCAUCGUAGAACUGGAAACAUGGGAAUUCCAGGAACUAUGAACCAGAUUUCUCCUUUGAAGAAGCCCUUUUCUGGUAAUGUCAUAGCUCCUCCUAAAUUUACUCGCUCCACUCCAUCACUGACUCCAAAAUCGUGGAUUGAAGAUAAUGUUUUCCGAACUGACAACAACAGUAACACUCUCCUUCCUUUGCAGGAUCGAAAUAGAAUGUAUGACAGUCUGAAUAUGCACUCUUUGGAAAACUCCCUUAUUGACAUAAUGAGAGCAGAGCAUGAUCCACUUAAAGGUCGCUUGAGUUAUCCACAUCCAGUGACUGACAAUCUUCUCAUGUUAAAUGCGAGGAGUUAUGGGCGAAGACGAGGCCGUUCUUCCCUCUUCCCAAUAGAUGAUGGUUUGCUGGACGAUGGUCACAGUGAUCAAGUUGGAGUGUUGAAUUCACCCACCUGCUAUUCAGCUCAUCAGAAUGGAGAACGAAUUGAGCGUUUUUCUCGGAAAGUGUUUGUUGGAGGUCUCCCACCAGACAUUGAUGAAGAUGAAAUCACUACUAGCUUCAGACGAUUUGGGCCUUUGGUAGUAGACUGGCCUCACAAAGCAGAAAGCAAGUCCUAUUUUCCACCAAAAGGUUAUGCAUUCCUCCUGUUCCAAGAAGAGAGUUCUGUUCAGGCCCUGAUUGACGCCUGCAUUGAAGAAGAUGGAAAGCUCUAUCUAUGCGUUUCCAGUCCUACUAUCAAGGACAAGCCAGUUCAGAUCCGUCCCUGGAAUCUAAGUGAUAGUGACUUUGUGAUGGAUGGUUCCCAGCCACUUGAUCCUCGAAAAACAAUUUUUGUUGGAGGAGUCCCUAGACCAUUAAGAGCUGUGGAAUUGGCUAUGAUCAUGGACCGUCUCUAUGGUGGAGUUUGUUACGCAGGAAUUGAUACUGACCCGGAGCUGAAAUACCCAAAAGGUGCUGGACGUGUUGCUUUUUCCAAUCAGCAGAGUUACAUUGCUGCCAUCAGUGCUCGGUUUGUUCAACUUCAGCAUGGCGAUAUUGAUAAACGAGUGGAGGUAAAGCCAUAUGUGUUGGAUGACCAGAUGUGUGAUGAAUGCCAGGGUGCACGGUGCGGUGGGAAGUUUGCUCCUUUCUUUUGUGCCAAUGUCACUUGCCUGCAGUAUUACUGUGAGUUUUGUUGGGCAAAUAUCCACUCUCGUGCAGGACGUGAAUUCCAUAAGCCAUUGGUAAAGGAGGGGGCUGACCGCCCGCGUCAGAUCCACUUCCGCUGGAAUUAAACAUGGUGAACCAGCAUCUCCAUAAGGAAAGAAGGGUGCAUGUGGCUUACUGUGUUUGAAGAUACUGACAUGCAGAAGAAAUAAGUGCAUUCUUCUGCUUUUCACCCCAGCUAUCAAUACAUGCAUCUUUUAUCAGCAGCCAAAACACUACAAGCCUCUUGUUUUUCACCAAAACCCUACAUCUCAGGCUUACUAAUUUUUGUGAUAUUUUCAUGUUAAAAAAAAAAAAAAAAAAAAAAAUGUUUUUUUGUAUUUUCUCCAAGUUAUUUUUAUAUGUAAAGUUAAAACUAGAUAUGAGAAUGUUUUUGCGUAGGGGCACACAGUCUGCUGCUAUAUUUAGUGGGUGAAGCGUGCACUUAUUUCUAAACAUGGGUUUUUAACUUCAAGAUCUGCCCCAGUAAUUUACCAAAGGUAGCAAAAUAGUGAAGAUGGAAUAUGUCUGCUACAAAAAGCUUAUUUUUAUUGUUGUUGCUAUUUUCAGUGUAUACAUAAACUAAAAAUUAGGGUUGAUUUUUUGCUCUCCAUUUUGACUUGCAAGAAAUAAUACCUCAAGAUAAUCUGAUUUAUUAGCUAUUUUUAAACAUUUUUAAUCACAAGCUGUAUUAGCUUUGCUGCUAUAUAGGUGUUAUGUGUAAUGCCACCUAUUAAUACGGGAUUGAAACGUUUAAGACACACUGCAUUACAAAUUAAAUGCAGGCAGCACAAUAUGGCCUAAACUGCCAUAGUUUUAGAAUGUGAAAAAGAAUUGCAUGUUUACUUACCUGUAUACACCAUAUGCAUGCACUAGAACUAUUAAUUAACAAGAGGUUAUUGCAAAUGUUCAAAAAAGGCUCUCUUGAAACUAGGUAGCAUGAGCAAAUUUACAAAAUUUGUUACAAAAACCAGACUUGCAUGCAUUAUUGUGACUGAAGUAAGAAAAAUGUCCUACAUGUGUACAAUAUGCAAAUUAGUUUUAGACUAGAAAGUGCAGCCAUUUUGUGACCUGGUCAGUAGUGGAAUUCAAUUUUAUGCAGACUGGAUGUACUAUUGUAAUCCCUGUGCAAUUUUGUGACGUGUGCUUCUACUUAAUGUGGCGUGAUGUAGUAUAGAUACAAGUUUUGAGUAAAAAAGCUAGCAUUUAAAAAGUUCUUUUAAGCCCCCUUGAUUGUUCAUGGUUAAGAUUUCCUCUACAAACCAAAGAUGGCCAGCACACUGCUAACCAGUCACCAAAUGUGAAAAACCCAUGACAAAUGCAUACAAAAAUAGACUUAUAUAAGAACGCAUAAUGCUUUAAAAAUUAAAUCUAAGUAAAG